ACUGUGAAUGAUAAAAAGGACAGUUACCAGUACUCCAGUACUAGGCCUACACGUAGUUCGGGUAAAAAAUGGAUAGAGUUAUGGACAACCCUGGAGGGGCAACACUACUACAGUGUAAUAGUAAUCAUUUUCCCUUAAAAUGUUACAGCAGCUGUCAGAAAGUGAUUAUACAUGUCCUAAAAAGUGAAAUUUAGCAAGGAAAAUUCCGAAGCAUUAACUUGGAAACCCCUCAUUUUUUUCAGACAAGUCUCAUUGGUUUGUGCACGGGGGCAUCAAAUGUUGUCCGGAUUGUCCAUAUACAUCAUUACAUGGAACUCUUUCCUAAAAAAUUUUUGUGUGUCUGUUAAUCAUGGCUAAAUGUACAUCAUGUCUGUCAUGUCAGUUCAUUGUGUGAUUGAGCUGUAUGAAAAGAGAUCCAUUACACCCUCAGUGUCAUUGAGACUGGUCGAAAAAUUUAAAUUUUUUGUAAGUUAACGCUUCAAUAUUGUCUUUGCAAAUUUUAACUUUUUUGGACAUUUUAUCACUUUCUGAUGACUAAUAAUAACUACUGCAAGGGAAAAUGAGUGUUGUCCACAUACCGGUACUUGUAUGGAACUCUGAGUGUGACCGAGGCCUAGUCAGUUUCUUAAAACUUUAGGACAAGGGCCCCCCAAGUACAGCCUACAAUGUAGCCUAUGCUUUUUUUGCUCAAUAUGGCAUACAUGUACCAGUAUACAUGUAUGGACUCAUUUGUAAUGACUGACCAAGGACUAAAAUGUUAGCCAACAUUCCACAUACCGGUAUAUACGUAUGGUACACGAUGUGGGCAUCUCAGUGGGUAUCAUCAAAUGUUAUCAAAUACACAGUCAAGUUGCAGGUUGUUGAAUAGGGAGACUGUCUGAGGUAUUUGUGAAUUUCAAUUGAUCCCAUGAUGUGUAAAGUGGGUUGGGUUUUGCCACAGAGUAUCAAUGCAUUUGUAUUUGGCUUGAGAUGUUACCUGUACAUGUAAGCAGAGCUGCUGUACCUCCAGGAGUAAACUGCAUCGGUGGCAUGUACCUGUCUUAUAGCUUAGUGCACUCAUUUGUUCAAAGUUAAGAGUGACUGCAUGUACAUGUACCUGGCCGGUUGACAGCAUUUAAUUACCAUUUCCCUGACUGUGGUUUGAACUUUACUGUUGCACAGACUGAAAAUUAAAUUGCAAGGAUCCGCGGGAUUAUCUUACAUCCUCAAGGUGGAGCACAGCCCACGUCUAGGCUGAAGGGUCACGAAGAAAUCGUUUCAUUCAUCAAACAACAGGAUGUGAGCUAAUAAUAGCAUCAACAGGGCUGCAAUUGUUGUGAAUUUUGACAAUCACCAGUUAUAAUUCACAAGUGAUCCAAUCUGGUACCCCAUCAAUUGAUUCCUGUAUUUUUUCUCAUUGUCAAUACACAAGGAUCAAGUUGUCAAGUUUGUUUGACAGUUACUUCAAUUUAGAUCCAAUGUAUCUUACUGAGUAGGUUUUUAACCAAGAUUGUAUCAGAUGGUCAGAACAAUGUUCAGAAAUUUGUAAGUUACCACAUACAGUAUCGGUACAUCUACAUGUAUUUCCAACAUAGAUCAGUCUCAAGUUACAUACAUGUACAAGUUGUACAUAUCAUAUUUUCAUGGCCAGCAACAAUCAGAGACAAAAGUCGGAGCGGACCCUCAAGUCAGGGUGUCAACCCCCCCUUCCCUCAAGCCAAGCACUUUCAAUCUGUAACUAAGGGCUGAGUGUAAUAUCAGUAACUAAUGAACAUUUUAGUACAAACCCCCAAGAUCGGAAUUCUCCCAUCUGUUCCUGUCUAAUUAAAUAGAUUAUUACAAAAACUGCCUAGAGGGAUGGAUUUACAUACUCUUAUACCUGAAUAUUCGUACAUUGUAGAUUCAGGAAGUCCUGUCACACCCUAUAGUACAAGUACUUGUAAUAGGCCAAAUGGUCAAUAAUGCAUGCAUCAUUAGUCGUCUCAGAUUUGGCUGUGACUGUGAAGGACGCCGAGGCCCUAGGGUGUAUGUAAAAUCAUAUUGAAAUCAUAGGAUUUGGGACUGUUAGGGAUUGGAAGUGGAUGAAAAGAUGAAGUUUCAAAUGAGAGGAAAUGAUCCCUUACCAGUCACCACAAGGUAUUCCUGCGCAUUAUGCACAUGCAGAAAGAUCCUCUGUUCUGUGUUGAUUCCUUCUGUUGCAUACAUUGCAUGCAAAAUGUUUUCCAUUUCUCUACAUAAACUAGUGCAUUGGAAAAUGGUAGGAAUUCAGUUAACUUCACGAUUAACUGUACAAAUGUGCAUGUGCAUGUACAAUAUACAUGUAGGGCCAAUAUGUACAUUGUACAUGUACAUAUAUAAGUCACUGCAAAGCCCUAUCGCCUGAAUUUUUAAUACUCGGCUUAAAGUUCUUGUUCUUUAAGUAUAUUGUCAUGCCUGUACAUGUAUGCAGUUUUAUAUUUAAACAGGCAAAGGACCAGAAAAUUCACUUUGAUAUUUUUAAGGGUGGAGACAAGUCCCUUUUUAUAAUCCACUGGUACCAUACAGUGUGUGUUGACUGGGAAUGAAUCACCAUUGUCUGAGGCUAUACACUUCUGUGUACAUACGUCCUGAUAAGGGAAGCUGUAUAACUUGUUGUCAGUUAAUGUACCCCAUCAUCCUGGAAGUACUGACCUAUGUGUAUUUCAAAUGUGGGAUCUUGCUGGACUCGUACCAGUACUUUGACCUCAGUGAGGUUACAAAGCAGCAACGCCACAACACUACCAGGUUUGUCAGAUGAAGCAGACGCAUGAGCCAGAGUACAAGGAAACGAACUGAUCCCCCUCAUUAAUCUGUGGUUCCAAGUUUCUUGUCCUUCGACAAAUUGUACAGCGGUCAAAGGCCAUGUCUGGGUCACCCAACUGGGGUCGCUACUCCCAGAUGAGCGACCCUGGUGCUGAAGAAGCUAUGAGGACAGAUGAGGCGCUGUCACCAGCUCAAUCUGCAAUUAUCCAAGCUGGAACUUGGAGAAAUCGGGUCAAGAGUGUGACAGCAAACUUCUUCGGCAUCGGCGACAAUGCCAACGAGGACCAGCGGCGCUGGCAGUCGCGGCGCUCGCGGCACCUGAGCCGGCGGCAUGGCGGGGUCAAGCCUCAUGUGGAGGAUGACCUGAUGGACCGAGAGGUCAUGGCCAUGGGCAACAUGACACCCUUGCCUCACAUCAUUGACCCUCUGGCGAGGCCUAGGAUGAGGACAGCGAUGGACGAAACCGAUGGUGCUCGCCAGCCACUGAACUCGGCCAUGAGCAGCGCCACAGGAGGCAGCAGCGUGUUCACAAAGCAGGUGUCACACCGGCUGACCAGGCAGCGUAGCAAGAGGCAGUCAGUAGCCAAGAUGGGAUGGGAGGUCUUGAGGCAGUCUGUCAGGCAACCCAAGACAGCUCCCAAGCAGAGUGUGAGCCAGGACUGCUUGGUGCAGCAGCGGCCGCCACUGCUUCACAGCCGCAGCUUCGCACCCGCAAGCUUGGUCAUCGGCGAUUAUGAAGAGGAAGACGAGAUGGACACAGUGCCAUUCUUUUCACCAGGGGUGGUCUCAGAUGACCUUACUGAUGACGUCUUCUUCAGUACAAUGUCACCCAAACGUGAACGGCAGUCCCCUGUGAAGAAAACACAGCCUGCUGCUGCUGCUGCCGCUGCUGUGACCUGCGAUCUGACAGACGAGGACCUGAAGCUCAAAGAGGCUGUCUCGCUGCCGACUGUCAUGGAGGCCGAGACAGAAUCAGAGGGAGCCACCAGUAAAAAACCAAGUGUGAAGGAAAUAAAAGGUAAAAUAUCCGCCAGCCUGCCCCAGCUUCCAGUACCCGAAACCCCCGAGGAGCUACUGGCAGAAACUCCUAUGCCAGAGCCAACCCCUGAACCCCUGCAGGAGCCCAGCCCCAAUGAGCCCAUUCAGCCUACUCCAGACACCCAGGAGGUUCCCGUGGUACUAAGAGGCAGGCCACUGCCAUCACUGCCCCCAGAGCGUGUACCGUCUGCCGGAGAGCCUCUGGAUGGGAGAGUGGCGGUGGCCAUAGCACAGAUGAUCCCAACAGGAAUUGGCUGGCGGAAGAGAAAAACAGAGGACAAAUUCCGCAUGGCGCCCAUCCUAGCGGAAGACGCACCGGAUGCCAUCAUGCCGGCUAUACGGCGAAAUAAGAUAGCUGAGAAGAUCAUGCAAGGGGCAUUUGACAACUCGGACAGGAGGCAAAUUGGAAAGGGUCUAGUGGGAAGGGUGCUGAACAGGAGCUACAAGUCCCGACGGAUGGACAGUAACGUCCGGAAGCAGAUUGAAGAGAUUGAGGACCAUAGACCUUAUUUCACAUACUGGGUUACAACAGUUCAAAUUGUCAUCGUCAUCGUUUCGAUAGCGUUUUAUGGAUUUGCACCAAUCGGCUUCAGCUAUUCACAGAGGACUGAACUGGUGCAGCAGUCAAACCUUGUGGUACAGACAGUGGGAUACAUGGAACCGGACAACUUCUGGAUUGGGCCAAGACCGGCCGAUCUAAUACAUUUAGGUGCCAAGUUUUCACCGUGCAUGCACAGAGACCGUCAGAUCCACCAAACCAUCGACGACGAAAGGCAAAAAGAAAGCACAACAGGUUGUUGUGUACGGACAGACAAAUCUGGCUGUGUGCAGAGUCUCCAGGAAGACUGCCCAACGCGGUUUUCAAAUUUUAUCAAGUGGCCAGAUACAACAGAUCCUGAAAAUGACCGAUCAUCUGGGCCAGUUUGUGGACAAGAUCCGAGAUCUUGUGUCAAACCAGCCUCCGUACCACCCUAUGAGUGGGAGGAUGACAUCAGUAAAUGGCCGAUAUGUUGGGAAAGCUUGGAGAUACCAGACAAGGAGCACACCACAUGUGACGUGACUGGUAGGCCGUGCUGCAUUGGUAUCUAUGGGACAUGCAUGAUCGUUAGUAGGGACCAGUGCGACUUUGUCAAUGGGUACUACCACGAAGAAGCAACACUGUGCUCACAGGUUAACUGCUUGGAUGCUGUGUGCGGGCUGGUGAAUUUUGCCAAUCCCGAAUACCCUGAUCAGAUCUAUCGGAUCUUUCUCUCACUGUUCCUUCAUGCUGGAAUCUUCCACUGUAUUUUAAGUGUCAUCAUGCAAAUGACAAUCCUGCGAGACUUGGAGAAACUAGCAGGUUUCUUUCGCAUCUCUGUCAUCUACAUAUUCAGUGGCAUCGGGGGCAAUAUAACCAGUGCAAUAUUUAUUCCUUACAGAGCAGAGACUGGACCUGCGGGCGCCCAGUUUGGUCUCCUGGCCUGUCUGGUAGUGGAGGUCCUGCAGAGCUGGCAGAUCCUCAAGUCGCCCUUCAAGGCCCUGGCCAAACUCCUCUUCAUCAUCGCCCUCCUCUUUGUCCUGGGCCUCCUGCCCUGGAUCGACAACUAUGCCCACUUGGGGGGCUUCAUCUGUGGUACCUUCCUCUCCUUCAUCUUCCUGCCCUACAUCUACUUUGGGGAGUUUGACCGCAACCGAAAGCGUGUCCAGAUCCUGGUUAGUAUCUUUCUCCUGCUGGCCUAUUACUGCCUGGUUUUCACCGUCUUCUACCUCCGCCUCUUGAAGGACUGCUCCUGGUGUCAGUUCUUCAACUGCGUGCCCCUGACGGAUGACUUCUGCAACGACAUGGACCUCAGGCUGGACAAGAUUCCCGUUUUAUGAAGAAACCACAGGCUUCAGUUGUCAUCAUCUAGGAACAGUGACGUUUGUUUUGAGCAAGACAACAGAUGAAGCUCUACAUUUAAUCUGAUGCUUUGGUGUAGUAUGCUCUUAAUAUUCAGCUACUACAACCAUGUGGAUUCCGAAUGGAAGAAUAUAAUUUGUGUAAAUGAAUGAAUGGAUCUGCACUCUUCUGAUGUCAUCUCCUGAAAACUUGGACCCAGGACAAACCAGCAAUGUUGUGAUCCACAGAUCACAGGCCUCUUGUAAAUAUAUGUGGCAUUAAACGCAAGAGGGCACCAUUUUUAACUUGAAGUAAUGUAGCCCAUUGGAUGAACCUUUAUUUGCAACAUGUAUACUGGUCUCUUGGGUGUUUAUGAUUGCAUUUUAGUUUUUUCAUUUUGUGUCUAAUGUGUUUAAUUUUUGUUUUUGCUGUUUGCUCCUACAAGCAGUAGGAAGAACCUGUCUUGGCCAUCUGUGCACCACCAGAAACAUUUUCUGGUGAUGUAAAUGUCAAGGAAUAGACCUGAAGCACAAUGAUGUCAUGCUUUGUUUACAUGCAUGCUUUCCCAUAUGUGCUAAGUGGAUCUUAUCACACCUCGCUAUCAUAGAAAGUACAUACGUCUGUCGACAAAGAGUGAAGUCAGUAAGUUGUUGGUCUAUUGAAAAAAAAUUAAGACCAGUUAACCCAUCGAGCAAUUUCUUGGUCUUAAAUUGAAGAAAAUGAGCAGGAUAAUCAGAUUUUACUGUUGCAGUGUAUAAUUCCAGUUUGAUGGAUGAGCGUCAUUUGCGAAUAAAAGAAAUUUAAGUUUUACUUUGGAUGUAGUAGAGUUCCAUGGUGCCGUGAAAUCGCUGCAAGAGGGAUCUUUCCGCCCCAUUCUAGGUGUUGUACCAAAUUCAUCAAUUUGGUUGUGCGCCCAGAUUUAAAAAGGGCUCACAAGUUUGCAUCGCCACUCAUUCAGAGCAACCUCUUAGUUUGCCACAAACUUUAAAGAAGUAAACGUCUGUGCAACAAGUUUUGCUUUUCCCCAUUUUCUCCACCUGUACAUUUCCUCUUUCUGUCUCUCAUAGCGUGCAAGACUAUUCACAAAAUUAGAUUGCCGCCUAACAGUGCUUACAUGUUCGCAAUGAUAAUUAUCCAACUGGUGCAGCAUUGUCCACUGCCUUGAUAGUUUUGGUUAAAAUGCCAUAGAAAUCACAUUUCAAAUGACUCAGAUAUCACUGCUGCUCAUAUUUUUAUUUGUAAAAGUGUGUGGAACAGAUGCUUUUCCGGGAAAACGCAUUGUGCCGUUGCAUCAGCCAUUGCUGAUGAAAAACAAAAAACUCUGUACGACUUCCAACAAGUAAUCCCACACCAGAUUGCCUGCAGAUUAGUUUUUGACAGCUCUUUAGCACCCACAUGUUGCACACGUGCAAGCCCUGGACAGCAUUGAGAAAUUGGACAGUUUGUACAGCUACCGAAUCGGUAUCAAGUUAUUGCAUGUAGGUACAAGAACUGGGAGAUUUAGACUCCAGCACCAAUCAAAUUCGGAAUCUGAACCCCCUUAUUGCACAUCGAAUUGAAUCCAGCUGCUGCUCAAUCCAGAUGUAAAUCUCCUUUUUCGUAAAGCCCCAUUCAUUGUGAGCCAUCCUACUAUAAAAACAAGCACUGCCAACACUCUUAACUUGAAUCUAGGAGAUGUUUCGUCCUCUAGAGAAAUGUUUGAAGAAAAAACAUACUGACAUGGGGACUAACACUGCACUGCCACUUUCUCCUACCAUCACCCGACCCUCUUCCUCCAUUUAGCACACGAUUGGGGUCAAGCAGAAGUUGCAGGGUACUUUACUUUCCAAAGCGGUUUACGUUGGUGAUGAUGAAUACCAACAAUUUUGAUGCAGUGAAGACUUUGUGAGUUAUUUUUUUAAAAUAAAUAUACAUGUACUGUUAUUUACAUUUCUGUGAGACAGUCACAAUUCCAAACUCUCCUAAUGUGUACUGUUUAAUUACUUGUUGCCAAGGAGUGAAGAAUUUCAACUGAGUUUCAGGACUGAUUUGUUCCAAGCCAUUUGUUUCAUUUUCCCCCCUCAUUUUUAGGAUCAGUGGAAAAUAUGGGGUAGCACUUUAUAGACUAACUUCACACAAGAUACUGCUUAAGCUUUCGUAGCAACAACUACUUCAUCAGAUAUAUUUUUAGAAAGUUGUUUUUCCUUGGACUACAUGUAUUCAUUUAUUAGUUAUCCAACGAAAACCGGACGAAUUGCCCGUAGACCACUGUGAAACAGCGACAUCAAUAAAGCAGCUGGUAAAACAAAGCACCAUCUCCAGUCUACUAGAUUUAUUAUCACAACUGGUUUUUAUUGCACAGUGAGAACAACUUAAUACACAUUAACAUUUACAUUCCUCUUUUCUCGUACAAUGGUAUGAUUGUAUAUAUACAUGUAUUUUCAAGUUAUGUAUAAAAAUCCUUAUUUGAAAAAUCAAGGUUUUAUACAUAUAUACAUCAUUAAAGAUACCAUGUACAUUUUAUUCUAAUUUAUAAGUUACAUCCAGUUUAAGAUUGCCAUAUUAUGUCAAAACGACCGAUUUUAUGAAAUACUGUAAGCUUUGUUUCUGUGUGUUAGACCGCUAAACUUCAAAUGUGCCAUUUUACAAAUUCAAAAUUUGAAAGACGAUUUGUACACUUAAAAGUAAUUGUCUACUUAAAAAAUCGUGACUUGUACAGUUACAACAAACUACAUUUGUUGGUCAUAAGCACUUCAUUAUUGUGUCCCAUAGUGCUUGCCUAGUUGUCUUUCCAGACAUUGAACUUUACGAUGGAGAAAUUGAAAUAAACUGAAAUAAAAGA